AUGUCCGGCACCGCAUCGCCCGGCAGCAACGGGCCCACGUACGCGCCGCCGCCACUGCCGGCGGGGUGGAUCGCGCAGUGGGACAGCACGAGUCGUAAGUACUACUUUGUGCAGCUGUCGACGGGGGUGACGCAGUGGGAGACGCCCGAGGAGGCGGCGCCUGUGGGCGGCGACGGCACGCCGGGCGCCGCUAGCGAGCACCCGUAUGGGGUGCCCGAGGGCAGCAGCAGAGGAGGAAGAGGAGGAGCGGCGGCGGAGUAUGCCGCGGGCAGCAACAGCAAUAACGGCGCGAGCAACAGCUACACCAGUAACGGUGGCGGCGACAGCGACGCCCAGAUAAUAGUGCACCCGGACGGCUCGCAGACGGCGCGCUACCCCGACGGUCGGCUCGAGCCCGUGCUGCCGCGCGAGGACGGCACGCGCGGCGGCAUGGACGGGCCGACGGGGGAUAGGAGCCUUGGGUCCUUCCUCGGAAACACCCUCAUGAGCAACCUUAGCGGCGGAAAGCAAUCACACGGCGGCGGCGGCGGCGGGGGCGGCGGUGGACUAGCCAGCUCGAUUCUCAGCGGCCUCACACACUCGGGCGGCGGCUCUGGCGGGCACAGCAGCGGCGCCGGCGGCAUCGGUGGCAAGCUAGCGGGGCAGGUGGUUUCGGGGCUGUUCUCGUCUGGCAGCAACAAGCCAGCUCAGUCGUCACAGAACUACCACAGCAGCCAGUCGUCGACACCUGCCAGCUCCGGAGGCCUUUCAAGCAUGAUGGGAGGCGUCGCCGGCCUGUUUGGGGGCAAACCGCACGGCAGCUCGAACUUUGGCUACUCUAAUUCUGGGCAGACCGGAGGAUACACCGGCCAAGCGCCGCCUGCGACGUACCAGUCGCCCUCCGCUUCAGGCUCGUCGUACCAGCCGCCCGCGCAGCAGCAGCCAUCGCACCAGAGCGGCGCCCAAUCCUACCAGAGCAGCCCCAGCGCCCCGUCAUACCAGAACACGGGCGCGCCAUCCUACGCCUCCCCUCCCAGCCAGCCCUACAACCCGACGGGCCAGCCUCAGCACGGUGGCUACGGCCCAGGAGCGGCGUCGUCCUACGCAAGUCCGCAGUCGCAUGCUCAGAACUAUCCUCCUCCGCCCAGCGGCGGCGUGCCGCACUCGUACGGCGGCGUGCAGAGCCCGCCACAGCCCAGCUACGGGGCUCCUCCCCAGCAGGCGUACGGCCAGCCGCAGCAGUACGGGACGCCGGGGUCCUAUAACCCGUCAUAUGGCGGCCAGCCACCCCCGCCGCCUGGCUCUUCCCCAUACCCGCCCCAGUACGGUGGUCAGCAGCAGCACCACUACGGCGGUUCUCAGUACUAA